GUCGAGUGGGCGGGACUUCCGGCUGCGUAGGCUGGCCAUAAAGUGACAGACUUCACCUCCUUAAAAUUGGAAGAAAAACAGAAGGACGACGCUUCACAAGUUUUAAAACAAUUGUAAUGAUUUUCAGACAUGGACGACAUAAACCUUCACUAUCGGUUUCUGAACUGGAGGAGGCGAAUUCGAGAAAUUCGUGAAGUCCGAGCAGUGCGAUACCGGGAGCGGCUCAAAAGGAUGCUAAGAGACGGAGACGUCCUCAGGUAUCAUGGGAAUUCAGAUGAAGUCGGGUGUUUUGUUGCAGCCCGCCCACUGUCGAGAAGAAAUCGAUACUUUGAAGUGACCAUCCUCGACACCGGAGUGAGGGGAAUGAUUGCUGUUGGUUUGGUACCUCAGCUCUACAAGCUGGACCAUCAGCCCGGCUGGCUGCCUCCCUCUGUGGCCUUUCAUGCUGAUGAUGGCAAGCUGUAUAAUGGCAACACUGUAGGACAACAGUUUGGUCCAAAAUGCUGCAGAGGUGACAGAAUCGGCUGUGGAGUUUCUCUGGACUCUGAUGAUGGACAGCUAACUGUGUUUUUUACCAAAAAUGGCAAAGAAGUUGGCAGUGUGGACGUCCCAGCGUCUCCUGAUGCUCUCUUCCCUGCUGUGGGAAUGCACACUUUGGGAGAGGAAGUGCUGCUGGACCUGAAUGCUGAAUGGGGGAUGGAGGAGGACGAUGGACAGAUGAUUGUGGAUAGUCACGAGGAGGACUGGGCCCGUCUCCAUGACAUCAAGGUGACAGGCACGUUGCUGGAGUACGUGGGCAAAGGAAAGAGCAUCGUGGACGUGGGCUUGGCUCAGGCCCGCCGGCCUCUCGACACUCGCUUCCACUACUACGAGCUGGAGAUCACGGAUGCUGGAGAGAAGUGUUACAUUGCCCUCGGGCUGGCACGCAGGGACUACCCCAAAAACAGGCAUCCAGGUUGGAGCAGAGGCUCCAUUGCUUAUCAUGCAGAUGAUGGAAAGUUGUUCCAGGGCAGCGGGGUCGGGGACGCGUUUGGACCGCGCUGCUUGGAAGGGGACAUCAUGGGCUGCGGGAUCAUGUUCCCACGUGACUACAGCCUCGAUGGUGGAGAUGACGCAGACGACUGGGACCUCGAUGUGAUGCCCAAACCCAGUGAGGUUCAGAAUGACUUGUAUGCAAACAAUGAAGAUGAAGAUGCGGAGGAUGAGGGAGAGGACCUUGAGGGGAGGAAGGUCACGGUGUUCUUUACCAGAAACGGAAAGGUUGUUGGCCGGAGGGAGGUGGCCUUACCUGUAGGAGGCCUGUACCCCACGAUUGGCAUGAUGAGCACUGGGGAGAAGGUCAGAGUGGACCUGCACCCCCUCAGUGGCUGAGCAGAGUGGAGACACGAGUGGUUGAGCUCUGCUAUGUCUUUGGAGGUUGGAUAGUAAACAUUACCUCUAUAUCAACCAUCUCCAAGAUAUUACUUGAAAAGUCGGUGACUGAGGUUCAUGCUGUAAGAAUGAUGAAAUGAAUGCAUGUUAAUACAACACGCGUUCCUCAAAGAAGUGCUUUAUAAUGAAAUGGUUUUACAGAAAAGUGUUAAAUCAGAGGUUUUCUGUCAGUGACACGCUAUUUUUGAUAAUUUUGUCACACAGAGUAAUGGAUAAAAUCACAUAAAAUAUUUUUUCUAUAUUUGUCUCUCACCAGAAUAAUGAAUGUAAAAACCUAAUCGGAGCGGACCCCAGCCUCCACACGGACCCUUUCAUAAGCAGUAAAUAUGCAGCGCCUCUCUCACAGCCUGCUGCUGCUCGUUACUUGAGGUCUGCUUUACGUCUCCUAUCGAUGGCGUGCUACUGACACUCAGUGGUGAGAGUGGUAGUCUGAAGAGUAAUGCUCGGAAAACCUCCAAAAAAGAAGUAGGGCAUUGUGUGUGUGUGUGUGUGUGCGUGCGUGUGUGAAAGCCACGGGUCUUGAGAAUUAUGGGUAAAUUAAGUCUAACAACAACUUGUUGAGGUUAAAUCUAAAGCAUUUAAUUGUUGUGUUAGACGUAAGUAAGACGUAAGUUUUAAAGGACGCUUCCAAAUUCUGUUGUUUUUCUUUUUGUGACCAAGUGUUUUUUUUUAAUUCAGGUAUAAAUUUGACCAAAUUAUAGGUGAUGUACUGUCACAAAACAUAUUCAGGUCUUAGUCACUCUCAAGCUUUUUGCAGAGUUAUUUGUGUCUAAAUGAUGCAAAAGGUAAACCAAAAUCAUGUCAUAGGACAUCAAAGAUUCUCUUUAUCACCUUUUUUCCUCCCCCAUAUAGAGAUAUUUGGUGCAUAUAAUUUAUACAAACUGUAUCGAUCUACAUUAAACAUGUUUCCUGAGCACGUAUUUUUCCUAAUUUUCACAAUUAGUGAUCUUUAUAUUGAAGUUAAAAUAAAUGUUGCCUUUGGAUUUAAACGUACUUCACAGAAAAAAAGAAGAAUUUGAAUUCAUGCUAAUCAAUCGAUUUUCUGUAGAUCAUAAGGUAUUUUGGAAGAAAUGGACCUUAAAUUGAAAAUCCACGAAGAGCGAGCCAAAGCCGGAGUAUCUAAGUACUCAAUACUACACAUAGCAUUAUAUUACACAGUAUAUUACCCACUUCUUCAACAUUUCAAUAUGUCGUUAAUGAAGGCAUACAGUAACUAAUAUUUGCUGAACUCCGGUGUAUUUGAAAUUUGGUACAUUGUCUUUUCUAUGGUUAUUUUGGGAUUUUUACUGUAUGUUAAAUUCAACCAUCGAUUGAUAAAAACCUGUAAUGCCUUUUUUUUAAUGUUUUUAGUUUUUUUUGGUCAUAGUGAAUAUUUGUUCAUUGCCAAUACUGUACAAGUAGUUUCUCCCUGACUCCAAUGUCAAUUGUAAUCUGUUUUUGGUAUUGUGAUGCCAACGCUUUACACAAAACACCUACCUUUUACAAAAAGUGUAGAAGUAAAGGAAUGCUUCUGUUUUCUUGACAUAAUGAACAAAGUGCCCGUGUGAAUGGGUACAAUCUGGAUCCAUAUAGGUUUGUGGAUCCACAUUUGAAUUAAAAAUCUUCUAUACCUCAUUCUAAAGGUGCAUCAUAUCUAUAAACUCUGCAGGUCAUUGAAAAGAUAUGAAAACACUUUAUUGGAUCCAUGCUGGACUUUUGAGUUUUGCUUAAAAAUACUAUUGAAAAUGGAACAAUUCCAUCCAUUCAGGUGCCCCCUGGAUAUCCCAAAAAAACACAAGCCUGGUAUUCAUGUGAUACUGAACUGCUGCUAAUCGUGUGCCGAGGAAAACUCUCAUCAUAUCAACCAUGUGCUGUACACAGGGUGUUUUUUUUCACUUUCCACAGUGCAGUUUAAGGUUAAUGAUUGUAGUUCUCAGGAGCUGCUCAUAGUGUCCUACUGUUGGCUGUCUGCCACACUUUUAAUAUUUAGCCCUCCUGUAUCUUCACUUGAAUUAAUCAUGAAGGAAGUCUCUCUCUCUUGUGUAGGUCCUGUGUUUUUUUUUUCUUCCUGUUGACAUUUUAUUGUUUCCCUUGUCACUUUUCAUCAGGUAAACAUGCCAAAAAAUAUUUAAAAAAUAAAGAUUUACACCCUG